AUGUCCCCCAUUGUGAACUACGACCACGAAAGCGGAAUUCCCGUUGUAGACUUUGGCCCAUUCCGAGAUGGGACCCGGAAGCAAGAAGUCGCUGAUGCCAUCCUAACGUCCUUCAAGGAGGUAGGGUUUGUAUAUUUAGUCAAUCAUGGCAUACCCCAAGAGAAGAUGGACGGUAUCAUUGGUUGGGCCAAGAAGUUUUUCGCCCUUCCCAUGGAAACAAAGAUGCUGGCUCCACAUCCUUCUCUUGGUACCCAUCAUCGUGGGUACUCGUCACCUGGGCUCGAGAAGGUCAUCCAAAAUGAGUAUGACCCUAACAAGAUUGUUCAAAGCAGAAAGAAGGCUCCAGAUGCAAAAGAAAAUUUCGAAUGCGGAAGAGAGAACGACGAAGUUAUGCCGAAUAUCUGGUUGCCCGAUAGGAUUUUGCCAGGGUUCAAAGAGGCAUGCUUGGAUUAUUUCUGGACCUGUUACGAAGUGGAGUUGAGCAUCUUUAGGGCCCUCGCUCUCGGCUUUGGCAUCAACGAGGAAUAUUUUACCGAAUAUCACUCCGCUGCUGACAAUCAACUUCGUAUAUUGCAUUAUUUCAGUGUUCCUGUCAAAGAUGUCGAAGAGGGAUUGGCCCCCCGUAUCGGAGCGCAUUCGGAUUUCUGUAGCAUCACUAUGUUAUUUCAAGAUCAUACCGGUGGUCUCGAAGUUGAGGAUCCUCACAACCCGGGCGAGUUCAAAGCAGCGACCCCUAUUCCCGGUUCCCUUGUUAUCAAUGCGGGAGAUUUUUUGAUGCGAUGGUCCAACGACAUCAUUCGAAGCACCGUCCAUCGCGUUCGUGCUCCAAAGCACUUGUAUGGCACUGACUGCAUGACCCCAGAGCGAUACUCUAUUCCUUAUUUCUGCAGUGCAAACUUCUCUGCGAUCAUUGACAGCGUUCCUGGGACAUGGUCUGAGACUGUUCCUAAGAAAUACGAACCUAUUGAUGUCAUCGGGUACCAGAUGAAGCGACUCGCCAUGUCAUAUAAGUGA